AUGGCGAAUCACCUGUCCACUAAUCCACCGAGAGACUCGACUUCGCCGCCGGCAUCCAGUCUCAGAUCUGGGCCGCCAGCUACCCCUGACGUCGACCACAAAGCUGCCAAGCGGGCGAGGAGAAAGUACAGAUGGAAGAUAGUGCUCGGCCUGGUCUGGCCCUAUGCCCUCCAGGCGCUUGAUGCCACCAUCAUCGCAAGCGCAUUACCCUGGGUGGCCAGAGACUUUAACAAAAUCUCGCAGCAAAAUUGGAUAGUCUCGGCCUUUAACCUCACCUCGGCAGCCUUCAUCCCCUUCUGGGCCCAGAUGGCCGACGUAUUCGGUCGAUAUGCGGCCAUCAUCGCUGCCGUCUUCCUCAUGCUCAUCGGCAGCGCUCUCUGCACUGGUGCGCCGACAAGCGCAUAUGGGCUUCUGCUCUUGGGGCGCGGAUUUCAAGGCGUGGCUUCCGCGGGACUCAACGUCGUCGUUCGGACCAUCCUCGCCGACCGCGUGACGCUGCAGGAAAAUGCAAAGAACUGGGCCAUAUUUACCCUUGUCGGAGGCAUUUCCUACGCCCUGGGCCCUGUCAUUGGUGGCUACCUUACAAGGGCCAACUGGCGUUGGUGUUUCGGCAUCAACCUGCCCGUCGGGGCUGCUGCACUGCUGGCCAUCUUCACUAUACUGCGCAAGGAGCUUCUCGGGCCCCAGCCCAUCCCCGAGCUUGAUGAAACAGCCGACACGGGGCACUUCACUAAGAUUGCUGCGCGCCUUAAAACCGUCGAUGUGGGAGGGCAAGCCUUCUUUCUUAUGGGCUUUGGCCUCAUUAUCUUGGCCCUGACUUGGGGCGGCGUGACAUACCCAUGGAACUCUGCCGCCGUUAUAUCUUCGCUACUCAUCGGGGGCUUUCUUUUCUUGUCUAAGAGGAUAUCGCGGCAGCGGCCCAUGAUCCCUUGGGCUCUCCUGACCAACCGGGACAUUGGCUUGAUCUUUUAUAUAGAAUGCGCCACAGGCAUGGCAAUGUUUGCCGUCCUUUACUUCUGUAAUGUUUAUUUUAUUGCGGUCAAGGGGAACAGCCCGGACGAAGCAGGUCUCCAGCUUCUUUUCUUUGCGCCAGGCAUGGGCGUUGGAGUCUAUCUGUGUGCCUUUAUGUGUAACCGAUGGCCGAGAAUGACAUUUCCGCCACUCUUCCUCGGCACCAUCACCGAAGCCAUAGGUAUAGGCGUCCUGACUUGGGCCCUGUUCAAAGAACAGUCGCCGCCCAUCUUCGGCGCGAUGGCCAUGGUUGGUGCCGGCAUGGGCCUCCGGUUCAUGGUGGCUCCGCUGCACUGCAUUGGCAUUUUCAAGGCACAUCGCGCUUCCGUCAUUGGGUUGAUUGCCAUUGCCGUUCCACUUGGAGGGACUAUUGGCUUAACGAUUAUGUCUACCAUCUUUAACAACGUUUCAGAACUCGACGCGAAAGAUGGUGACUUCUCAAGGCUGCGGGACCAGCCGGCUGGAGUCGGGGAACAGGCCAUCUAUAAGGCCAAGAUGGGUGUCGUCUGGGCUUUCGUUUCUAUCACUCCCUUGAUGGUUUUGUCCUGGAUCUUGUGUUUCUUCCUCGGCAACGUCAAACUCGCCGACGGGGGCGGCAACGGCCAAGAUGCUGUCUACGCGAAACCUUAUCUUUGGUGCUUGUGGCAAGAUAGGCAAGCAGCCAAGAGUAUAGAAGAUCCAAGGCUAGGGAGCUCGCACAGCAGAAUAGAGCUCAACUCAACGCGCAGCAAGGCUGCAAGGUUUGAAUGCGCGAACCCGCCGUCUCGCAGGGACUAA